AUGGGCUUCCUUGCACGGGACGGGGUGAAGCCGGUGGUGGACUGGAGACCAUCUAUGAUCGGUCUACGGUUGUUUGGGUUCUGCAGCUACUCAGCCCUGGAGCUGUUGGACAGAAUGGCCGGCGACUGUCCCGGGAAAAGCAGCCAGUACCGGGUGGACCACCUCCUCAGCGCCGUGGAGAGUGAGCUGCAGGCGGGCAGCGAGAAGGGAGACCCGACCGAGAGAGAGCUGAAAGUCUCCUUGGAUGAGAAUGAUCUUUGGCAAAAAUUCAAAGAACUUACUAAUGAAAUGAUAGUUACAAAGAAUGGAAGGCGCAUGUUUCCCGUGCUGAAAGUGAACGUAUCGGGACUGGAUCCCAACGCAAUGUACUCCUUCUUGCUGGACUUCGUGUCUGCGGACAACCACAGGUGGAAAUACGUGAACGGGGAGUGGGUCCCCGGAGGCAAGCCUGAACCUCAGACUCCGAGCUGCGUCUACAUCCAUCCCGACUCCCCGAACUUCGGUGCGCACUGGAUGAAAGCUCCCGUGUCCUUCAGUAAAGUCAAACUCACCAACAAAUUAAACGGAGGAGGCCAGAUAAUGUUAAAUUCCUUGCACAAGUACGAGCCACGUAUCCACAUAGUCCGUGUUGGAGGGCCGCGGAGGAUGAUUACCAGCCACUCGUUUCCGGAGACACAGUUUAUUGCAGUAACUGCAUAUCAGAACGAGGAGAUAACUGCUCUAAAAAUUAAAUACAACCCUUUUGCCAAGGCCUUUCUGGAUGCCAAAGAAAGAAGUGAUCACAAAGACAUAAUAGAAGAUGUCAGUGAAAAUCAACAAUCGACUUACUCUCAGUUAAGUAGCUGGUUUAUUCCAGGCACAGGCUCACUCUGCCCUCCUGCUAAUCCUCACAGCCAGUUUGGGAGCCCCCUCUCCCUCUCCUCUUCUCAUGGCUGCGAGCGUUACUCCACCCUGAGGAACCAUCGCUCUGCUCCCUACACCAGCCCGUACACCCAUCGGACCAGCUCCCCCACCGGUUACUCCGAUAACUCCUCGGCCUGUCUGUCCAUGCUCUCGAGCCAUGACAACUGGUCCAGUCUGCAGAUGCCAUCCCACUCCAGCAUGAUGCCCAUGUCCCACAGUACCACCUCUGCUACCAACUCCAGUCAGUACCCCAACCUGUGGUCUGUGAGUAACUCUCCGCUGACGUCAGUGUCCCAGACGGCGGGGAUGACCAACAGCUUGAGUUCCCAGUUCCUGCGAGGGUCUGGCAGCCACUACUCCAGCCUCCCCCACUCAGCCACAGUGCCCUCCUCUGGCUCUCCGAUGUAUGACGGCAGCACAGGCACAGAGGUGCAUGACACGACGCAGUUCGACACCUCUCCACACGGCCGUCUACCUUCAGCCUGGACACCUGUUACCCCACCGUCACUUUGA